GGGCCCAGCUGACCGGCCGCGUUGUUUACCCGCCCGAGCAGCCUUGGCUCCCGCCGCCCGCCCGCCGGUCAGCGCGUCUGUCUGCCCGAGCGUCCCUCUGUCCCGGAGUCCGCAGAUCGCGGCCCAGAGCGCGCAAGGCCGAGAGCCCGGAGGCCGGGGCACAGCGCAGAGCUCGGACCUCUGAGAUCCCGGACCGGGCCCGGGCCGCAGUGGCUUGGGAUCGGGGCAAUCACCGCCGGGCCUCGUCUCUAUCUCCGAGGCCGCGCUCCCUUCCCGGGCUGACUCUAGAGCUCUCCCAGACCCAGGCUGCAGCCCGCCCGCCGCGGGCGUGGAAGAGAAGGACACGCGGCUCCAGCGCCUCUCGGGUGGCCUCCCUGGAACAUGACCCCCCCGGGCGGGCGCCUAGCGCUCUGAUCCGCGGGGACCCAGCGCUCCUGCAGCCAUGGGCGCCGGGGACGGGUGGGCAGCGGCGACUGCCGCACCGCUGCUGGUGGCCAUGGCCGCGCUGCUGGUGGGCGCCGCAGGCCACUUGUACCCGGGAGAGGUGUGUCCUGGCAUGGAUAUCCGGAACAACCUCACCAGGCUGCGGGAGCUGGAGAACUGCUCCGUCAUUGAAGGACAUUUGCAGAUACUCUUGAUGUUCAAAACGAGGCCCGAAGACUUCCGAGACCUCAGUUUUCCCAAACUCAUAAUGAUCACUGAUUACUUGCUGCUCUUCCGGGUGUAUGGGCUGGAGACCCUAAAGGACCUGUUCCCCAAUCUCACGGUUAUCAGGGGCUCACGCCUCUUCUUCAACUACGCCCUGGUCAUCUUUGAGAUGGUUCACUUGAAGGAGCUCGGUCUCUACAAUCUGAUGAACAUAACCCGGGGCUCCGUCCGCAUCGAGAAAAACAAUGAGCUCUGCUACUUGGCCACAAUCGACUGGUCCCGCAUCCUGGACUCUGUGGAGGACAAUUACAUUGUGUUGAACAAGGAUGACAAUGAGGAGUGUGGGGACAUCUGUCCGGGGACUGCCAAGGGCAAGACCAACUGCCCUGCCACCGUCAUCAACGGCCAGUUUGUGGAACGGUGCUGGACUCACAGUCACUGCCAGAAAGUCUGCCCCACUGUCUGCAAAUCGCACGGCUGUACUGCUGAAGGCCUCUGCUGCCACAGCGAGUGUCUGGGCAACUGUUCUGAGCCCGAUGACCCCACCAAGUGUGUGGCCUGCCGCAACUUCUACCUGGACGGCAGGUGUGUGGAGACCUGCCCGCCCCCGUACUACCAUUUCCAGGACUGGCGCUGCGUGAACUUUAGCUUCUGCCAAGACCUGCACAACAAAUGCAAGAACUCACGGAGGCCAGGCUGCCACCAGUAUGUCAUUCACAACCACAGGUGCAUUCCUGAGUGUCCCUCUGGAUACACGAUGAACUCUAGCAACCUGAUGUGCACACCGUGCCUGGGCCCCUGUCCCAAGGUCUGCCACAUCCUAGAAGGCGAGAAGACCAUCGACUCAGUGACAUCCGCCCAGGAGCUCCGAGGAUGUACUGUUAUCAAUGGGAGUCUGAUCAUCAACAUCCGUGGGGGCAACAACCUGGCAGCAGAGCUAGAAGCCAAUCUUGGCCUCAUUGAAGAGAUUUCAGGUUAUCUGAAAAUCCGUCGAUCCUACGCUCUGGUGUCACUUUCCUUCUUCCGGAAGUUACGUCUGAUUCGAGGAGAGACCUUGGAAAUGGGGAGCUACUCUUUCUACGCCUUGGACAACCAGAACCUAAGGCAGCUCUGGGACUGGAGCAAACACAACCUCACCAUCACUCAGGGGAAACUCUUCUUCCACUACAACCCCAAACUCUGCUUGUCAGAAAUACACAAGAUGGAAGAAGUUUCAGGAACCAAGGGCCGCCAAGAGAGGAAUGACAUCGCCCUGAAGACCAAUGGGGACCAGGCAUCGUGUGAAAAUGAAUUACUUAAAUUUUCUUACAUUCGGACAUCUUUUGACAAGAUCUUGCUGAAAUGGGAGCCCUACUGGCCCCCCGACUUCAGAGACCUCUUGGGCUUCAUGCUCUUCUACAAAGAGGCCCCUUAUAAGAAUGUGACAGAGUUCGACGGGCAGGAUGCGUGUGGCUCCAACAGCUGGACGGUGGUGGAUGUUGACCCCCCCUUGAGGUCCAAUGACCCCAAGUCUCAGAACCACCCUGGGUGGCUAAUGCGUGGUCUCAAGCCCUGGACCCAGUAUGCCAUCUUUGUCAAGACCCUGGUCACCUUUUCAGAUGAACGCCGGACCUAUGGGGCCAAGAGUGACAUCAUUUAUGUACAGACAGAUGCCACCAAUCCUUCCGUCCCUCUGGACCCCAUCUCGGUUUCUAAUUCCUCAUCCCAGAUUAUUCUGAAGUGGAAGCCCCCUUCUGACCCCAAUGGCAACAUCACUCACUACCUGGUUUUCUGGGAGAGGCAGGCGGAAGACAGCGAGCUGUACGAGCUGGACUAUUGCCUCAAAGGAUUGAAGCUGCCCUCCCGGACGUGGUCUCCACCCUUUGAGUCCGAGGACUCCCAGAAGCACAACCAGAGUGAGUACGAGGAGUCGGCCGGCGAGUGCUGCUCCUGCCCCAAGACAGACUCUCAGAUCCUGAAGGAGCUGGAGGAGUCCUCGUUCAGGAAGACGUUUGAGGACUACCUGCACAAUGUGGUCUUCGUGCCCAGAAAAACCUCUUCUGGAACUGGUGCUGAGGAUCCUAGGCCGUCUCGGAAGCGCAGGUCUCUUGGCGAAGUUGGAAAUGUGACGACGGUGGCUGUGCCCACCGUCCCAGGUUUCCCCAACAUCUCCUCAACCAUCAUGCCCACGAGCCCAGAGGAGCACAGGCCCUUCGAGAAAGUGGUGAAUAAAGAGUCACUGGUCAUCUCUGGUCUGCGACACUUCACGGGGUAUCGCAUUGAGCUGCAAGCUUGCAACCAAGACGCCCCUGAUGAGCGGUGCAGUGUGGCGGCCUACGUCAGUGCCAGGACCAUGCCUGAAGCCAAGGCUGAUGACAUCAUAGGCCCCGUGACCCAUGAAAUCUUCGAGAACAACAUUGUUCACUUAAUGUGGCAGGAGCCGAAGGAACCCAAUGGUCUGAUUGUGCUGUAUGAAGUGAGUUAUCGGCGAUAUGGUGAUGAGGAGCUGCACCUCUGUGUCUCCCGCAAGCAUUAUGCUCUGGAGCGAGGCUGCAGACUGCGUGGGCUGUCAUCAGGGAACUACAGUGUGCGAAUCAGGGCCACCUCCCUAGCGGGCAAUGGCUCCUGGACAGAAGCCACCCAUUUCUACGUGACAGACUAUCUAGACGUCCCAUCAAAUAUUGCAAAAAUUAUCAUCGGUCCCCUUAUCUUUGUCUUUCUCUUCAGUAUUGUGAUUGGAAGUAUUUAUAUAUUCUUGAGAAAAAGGCAGCCAGAUGGGCCCUUGGGACCACUGUAUGCAUCCUCAAACCCAGAGUACCUCAGUGCAAGUGAUGUGUUUCCUUGUUCUGUGUACGUGCCGGACGAGUGGGAGGUGCCUCGAGAGAAGAUCACCCUCCUUCGAGAGCUGGGGCAGGGCUCCUUCGGCAUGGUGUACGAGGGCAAUGCCAGGGACAUUGUCAAGGGCGAGGCAGAGACCCGAGUGGCAGUGAAGACUGUCAAUGAGUCGGCUAGUCUCCGGGAGCGGAUCGAGUUCCUCAAUGAGGCAUCAGUUAUGAAGGGUUUCACCUGUCAUCAUGUGGUCCGCCUCCUGGGGGUGGUGUCUAAGGGGCAGCCAACACUGGUGGUGAUGGAGUUGAUGGCUCACGGAGACCUGAAGAGCUACCUCCGUUCUCUGCGGCCCGAGGCUGAGAAUAACCCAGGUCGCCCUCCCCCCACCCUGCAAGAGAUGAUUCAGAUGGCGGCGGAGAUUGCUGACGGGAUGGCAUACCUAAACGCCAAGAAGUUUGUGCACCGGGACCUCGCUGCUAGAAACUGCAUGGUCGCUCACGAUUUCACUGUCAAAAUUGGAGACUUUGGAAUGACCAGAGACAUCUACGAGACGGAUUAUUACAGGAAAGGGGGCAAGGGCCUGCUGCCUGUGCGGUGGAUGGCACCAGAGUCUCUGAAGGAUGGGGUAUUUACCACUUCUUCUGACAUGUGGUCCUUCGGCGUGGUCCUAUGGGAAAUCACCAGCUUGGCAGAGCAGCCUUACCAAGGCCUGUCUAAUGAACAGGUGUUAAAAUUUGUUAUGGAUGGGGGCUACCUGGAUCAACCUGACAACUGCCCAGAGAGAGUCACGGAUCUGAUGCGCAUGUGCUUCCAGUUCAACCCUAAGAUGCGGCCGACCUUUCUGGAGAUCGUCAACCUGCUCAAGGACGACCUGCAUCCCAGCUUCCCGGAUGUUUCCUUCUUCCACAGCGAGGAGAACAAGGCUCCUGAGAGUGAGGAGCUGGAGAUGGAGUUUGAGGAUAUGGAGAGCGUCCCCCUGGACCGUUCCUCACACUGCCAGAGGGAGGAGGCUGGGGGCCGGGACGGAGGGUCCUCGCUGGGCCUCAAGCGGAACUAUGAGGAGCACAUCCCCUACACCCACAUGAACGGGGGCAAGAGGAACGGGCGGAUUCUGGCCUUGCCUCGCUCCAACCCCUCCUAACAGCGCCUGCUGGUGGGGAAGGGGUCUCAUCUUCACUUUCUCUGGUUUGAAAGCCUCUGGAAAGCUCAGGAUUCUCAUGGCUCUGCCACGAGGUCACGCAGAGCUCAGAGAUGGUCGUUCCCAUCUCAGCUCAUCUUAGAACCACAGGGCACACUCAAUCUGGUUGCCAAUGUGACGCAUCGUCUGAGGCUUUAACUCGGGGAAGGGAGAGAGGAGGGCUUUCCGCAGCUGCUACCCUUUUGGCAACGACAGUUUCAAACCAGGAUGUGUUCUAGUUUUCUUUUUCUAGAAGAUUGAAAGUACCUGUUUUUAUAGUUUCUUUUUUUUUUUUUUUUUUGCUGGUAUCUGAGCUAUAGUAUAAAAGAUAAGACUUCUUCAUGGAACAAAAGUUUGAAAGGAAAAAAAAAAGAGAGAAAACCCACAACCCUGUCUCAGGAGAAUUCCAAGCUUUACAGGGUGGGCUUAAGAAGGUUGUUUUUUUUUCUUUCUUUCUUUCUUUUUUUUUUUUGUAGAGACAGAGUCUCAUCUUUACUGCCCUCGGUAGAGUGCCGUGGCAUCACACGGCUCACAGCAACCUCCAGCUCUUGGGCUUAUGUGAUUCUCUUGCCACAGCCUCCCGGGCCGCUGGGAUUACAGGCGCCUGCCUCGACACCCGGCUAUUUCUUUGUUGUUGCAGUUUGGCCGGGGCUGGGUUUGAACCCACCACCUCAGCAUAUGGGGCCGGCGCCCUACUCACUGAGCCACAGGCGCCGCCCUGUUUUUUUUUUUUUUUCUUUUCCUCAUCCAGGCUGAAGGAUUUUUUUUUUCUUUACAAAAUCAGUUCCUCAAAUUGACCAACAGCUGCUGCUUUUAUACUUUUGAUAAGGGCCUGCAGUCCUGCUGUGUGCCCACAUGUGCAACGAGUGUGUGUGUGUGUCCAGGAUAGACACGGAUGGUAGGUGUGCCUGUGCAAAGUGCUCAUGCUGAGUUGAUGCUUUGGGAACCAGGUCAUGAAGGUUCUCUCAGGUCCUUUCUCUCCUUCCUUCCUACCCAGUGGGAGACUGUGCCCUCACCAGAUUCCUUUUGUAGCAGAAGUCUAUCCUCAGGUGUCUUCCCUCCCUUCACGUUAGUGGAAAAAAAAUGUUUUCUGGGAGCAAAGGGAGGAACAUUUACUUUGGAGUGAUUCUGGAUCUUUUUAAGGCCAAACAAAGCCAGGACAUUAAAAAAAAAAAAAAAAGAAGAAAAGAAAAAAGAAAAAGGAGAGGAAUAAGGAAAAAAAAACAACAAAAAAACAAAAACCAAAA